GCUUCGAGUAGUGUGUGUGUGCGUGUUUAGGUGUGUGCACGUGUUUCGCAGUCUUCCGUGGAGUUGCUCCAUCAGUUUACCACACAACGCCGACAGCAAGAGGGGAGGGAAGGAAUGAUCUAAGUGGAGACACUGAAAGAUAAGUGAAAGUAAUUUGCUAUUAAGUGAUCAGUCUCAGUUUUCGAGAUGAAAAAAGUGAUACCCACAGUGUUGCUGGCGGUGGUGGCACUGUCCUGCCUAGAGGGUGCCACUUCGGCCGCCGUCAGCCACCCUCACAGACACGCCCAUCAACGAGGACACGUGGCCCGCCUGCAGGAGACCGUCGACCGCCUUCUCCUCCGCCAGAAGACAGACCACAUUUUGCUUUCAACUCUGCAGCGAGCGGUACUCGAGCUUCAGGACAAAUCCCAGCGUCAGGAGACUCCAUCGGCGCCGGAGGCAGCCCAAACGCCCUCAAUGGUGCAUGAAGCAGUGCAGAUAGUGGAGGCGGAGGGGCGUGCUCUGGCCGCCCUUGGGGAGCAGGUAGCUGAGGUCAGAGGGACCCUGACGGAGGCACUGAAAGCGGAAGAGAAAGACGACGUGACGCAGCUACGGCAGGAGAUAGCUUACCUAAGGUCGGAGGUGCAGCGGCUGAAGGCGACGAGGGCGGCCGAGGCCUCGCCCAGCGCCGCCCACAUGCACGCGCACGAGCAGCGGGAGGCGGUUGCUGCCGCCUGGGUGGUCGAGAACGUCAGGAGGCUGCAGGACUCCGUCGUCGAGCUGCAGCAGGCGCUCAACGUCAGCCAGGCUAUGCAUGACAAGAUGGAAGUCGAGUCCCGCCUGCUGACGGUAGCGAAGGACGUGGGCGCCCUGCGAGGCAGCAUGGCGGCCGUCACGUCCAAAGCGGAGGCGGCCCUGGCGACGUCGGAGGCGCUGCAGGACGAAGUGGGGCGUCUCUCGGAGGAAGCGCACCGCACCGCAGGCCACCUGGGGGCGCUCGCCACGGAGGUCACUUCCAUCAGGCAAGACUUCAACGACCUGCUAGAGGCUCUUCCGGAGGGCACGAUGGCCGGGGCCCCAGCGGCGGCCGCCCCCGGGGGAGAGCGCACCCCGGAGUCGAAGGUGUCGAGCGCGCCCCAGGAGAGCGAAGGGGGCGCCGCCCCGCAGGUGACGAGGGCCGCCCACGACCGUCAGGCGCAACGCUUGGCCGCCCUCGAGCGCCGGGCUGAUGACUUCGACUUCGCUCUCACGCGAGCACAAAAGCAGUGGUCUGCCGCGAGCCCUUCGACGCGCUGCGAGGACCAGCUGGCGGAACUUACUGAGACGGAACGUCAGCUGCAGACGCGCGUGGAGGCUGUCACGAGCGGCGUCGGCGAGGUCAGGCUCUCCUCCGUGCAGCUCCUGGCGGCGCUCGAAGCCUUAGAGGGCCGACUCGAGAAGGAGGUAUCCGAGGUGAAGCAGGAGGUGGCCAAGUUGGAGGUCAGCGGCGCUCAGUGGGCGGCCGACCACAAGGGCAACCUGGACGAGGCUCGCGUGGCCCUCGACGAUGCCGCCGCCCUCAGGACCGACCUAGAGGCCGUCUCGCGACGCCUUGACCGCCUGACGCUCAAGACUGCCGGCCUCGAGAGCGGCAAAUUGGAGGGCCAAGUCUCGAGAGCCGAGUGCCGAACGAAGCACCUCGCCCUUGAGCUGAGAGUGAGCGAUGCCGUGGAGCGCCUAAGAGCAGUGGAGGAGCACGUUCACCACCGACCUUCGAGGUCUGCUGAGGGUCAGCCGGACGACGCCAGCUAGUCUCGUUCGCACACGUCGCCCGGAAAAGACACGUGGGCUCGGCCGCGCCACGUAGCGCUGAGGCCCAGAGCUCCACCCCCGCAGUCUGUCCCUCCGAGAAUCAAAGCCGCCGCGCAGGAAGGCCGGCGAGGGGAAGGCUCGCAGGCCGCCAGCCGCCCGGACUGUUCCGGGGCCGCGCUUUCGGGCCGCCCCUCGCGCCUCCCCCGCGCCCCUCCCUCUCUCAGAUCUAGUCUACGCCUUGAUUAUUCCGCCCCAGGAUGCCCCCCCCCCCCCCUCGCUCUAAUGUAGUGCCUAAGAAAACGUUUUGGUCAUCAUUUCCUAGUCAGAGGAGAAAAAAGAUAUAUAGAAAUCUAAAUUUUAGAGAUUUAAAUUUAAUAUCUUUCUAAUAUAAAUGAACUUUUCUCAAAGAUCGUUAUUUCAAAAUGUUGACAUUGCAUUAUUAUCAUUAUUAUUAUUAUUAUUAUUAUUAUUAUUAUUAUUCUAUUUUUUGCUAUUAUAUGUGACAGUUAUUAAAAGUAAUGAUAAUGAUAAUAUUCUUCUUGUUCUUCUUAUCAUUAUAAUCAUAUUUUUUGUAUUGUUAUUAUUAUCAUUAUUUGAUGAUUAUGAGGAGGAGCAUAAUAAAUUUAAUGAUUAUUAUUAUCAUGAUACAAUGCAUUAUACUAUGGAUAUUGGAAAUAAUGAUAAGAAUAGUAAUGGUUAUUUAUGACGUUGGUUGAUAUAAUGCUGAUAGUGGUUAUGAUGAUUAUAAAAGUAAUGAUAAUAAGAAUAACAGUGUGAACAGCAAACACAAUAUAACAGAGAUGCUCAUAAGAUGGAAUAAUGCUUUUCAUAACAUUAGUGUGAUAUCUUGUGUUUAAUUUCUUCACUGUGUAUGGAUAGUUUAGAUUCCUCUCGCCAUGUUUGAUCUUGAAACAACGAUUCUUCUGAAAGUGUCAAAGGUUCAUGUGAACGUUUAUGCUAGGAUUAAGAAACCCGAUUAUUCUUACCAAUUUGUCAGUGUCAAGCCAAGGCAUAGUCACGUACCAGUGUCUCCAUUGUCGCGUUUGAAUGUUUGGGAAAACGUGAAUGAGGCCGAUCAGAGUUCUCUUUGACAAAGGCAGAACACGUGUGAAUGAGAACGAAUAUUUCCGCAAAGCAGCUGGCUGACGGCGCGAGGUUACGUCUUCGUCAGGCAAAUGUGAUUCGGCCGAAGAUGCAGCGCCGUUCGCCAGUCGCCACUCGCGUUCACGCCCAGACGCCCGGCCUCCUGAAAGGCCUCGGGCGUGUAAAUACUGUAAAUAUGGUCGUUUUUUGUACAGAAUAUUUUUAUAUGUUGAAUAAAUUGUACUCCAGUGGUUGA